CUGCUGGAGAGGUCAGUUCUAAGAUGUGUGUGCAGCCAGUGAAUACUCUGAAACGGACAACCUUAUGUUAGGUCAACGCCCCAUAUCGUCUAUAUUUAAUUUAGGUCAUUUGGCAGACACUCUUAUCCAGAGUGACAUACAGUUGGUGCAUUAAACUAAGGAGAGGAUGGGGAAUGGGACAAAUGUCAACAAUGCCAUGUCUAAAUCAUACAGAUAUGCAUUGCUGUCAAUAUACACUAUUGUGCUCGUUGGAGGGACCAUCAGCAUGUCCCUCAUGAUCAACAUCAUCAAGUCCAACGUCCGCUCGGUGACCACUACAGCCGUUCUGAACCUGAUCGUGGUCCACUUCGUCUUCCUCCUGACUGUGCCCUUCCGCCUUUAUUUCUACGCGGCCGGCGAGUGGCAUCUUGGUCCCAACUUCUGCAAGGUGGUCAGUGCUAUGAUCCACGCCCACAUGUACUUAGCCUUCGUCUUCUAUGUGAUCAUUCUGGUGAUCCGCUACCUGAGUUUCUUCAGGAGGUUCAAUCAGGUGGAGUUCUACAGGAGGCUUCACGCCCUGGGGGCCAGUGCUGCUGUCUGGGGCCUCAUGCUCAUUGUGGUGGUCCCUUUGACUGCUGUGAAGUAUGGAUCAUCUACAGAUAAUAAUACAACAACCAAUGACAACCAGUGCUUCAAUUUCGGAGGGAUCUUUGACGAGAAACAUACUGUGGCUGUGCUGAAUUACAUCAUCUGUGCUCUCAUCAUCGUGGUUACAUUGGCCCUGGCCUGUUGCCAAGUGUGGAUUUUGGGCUGUGUGUACAGAACUCACAGGGCGAUGAUCUUCUCUCAACAGGAGUUUUGGGCUCAGAUCAAAAGUCUUUGCUUUAUGCUGGUCAUUAUAGUAUGCUUUGUUCCAUACAAUGUAUUCAGGAUUUACUAUGUGAGUAAUUAUAAUGUCAGUCUCCAAAUGAAGAAUGAGUUUGCCCUUGCUGUCACAACGUUCAGCUGCUUUGACAUGCUGACUUUUAUAGGGAGGGGGUCGUUCAGACCCUGUGAUACAACAUGUUGUGUAUCAUAAGAAUAACAUGAGAAUCUACUUUUUCUUAUGAUAGUGUGAUGUAAAGAAUGUAACAUAAUAUUAACAUGAGAAUAGGAUUAUAUUUGCACCUUAAUACCAAAUUAUAAAACUGUACAGUCUCUUUGAUAUACUUUCUUCACAGCAAACAAUAUCAGGAGUAACAUUUACUUCCUGUAUAUACAGUACCUCUUUCUAGCAGUUCCCUAAGUGGGAUACGUCCUUCAGGUCAAAUCAGAAAAGACAUGAAAACAAAUAGUGGAGCUGUGUUUAAUGUUCUUGUUGUACAGUUCUGGAACAUGAUACAAAGUAUUUACAUACUCCCACCACAUGGAUGGGUUUCUACAAAUUAGCUAAACUGAUUCUGAUUCAACAGUCACCUACAAUUUGGCAUACUGUAACACAUUGGCAUAACAAACAUACAGUGAAUGAUCAAACAUUUUGUGAAUGAUCAAAUUUUGAUAAACCAUGCAUUCUUUAUCAUCUUCUUACAACUACAUUUUCAAGUGAAUUAUAUGUUCGAUUAAAAUGUACUCUGCUUGUUCAGUGUUUCA